AUGCCACUGUCAGCGGUGUGCGCCUGGUGUGCGCUCACGGCUGCACUCCUCGUGUGGUCCGGUCAUCGUAUCUACACUGGUGUCAUUGCGAAUAUGUAUCACGAGUUUACACUAUACGCUCUACUGGUGCGCUCUACCUGCUACCCCGCCGACGCUGCCCAUCCGAUACACUGCGCCAGAGUCCUUUGCGCAUGUCUCCACCUAUUGGACGGGAGAGGCAACGGAAAACGCUACGCAUUGGACGUGCGCUUCCUCAUACCUCGGUCUAACGAAUACGACUACAUCCGCAAGACGUAUCCCGAAUACCUGAACGCGUGUAUGGCCUUUUUGAGCCUGCCGCGCUCGGAAGAGGAGGUUCGGAAAAUCAACACCGAUAUCAGUACAUGCACAUGCUCUACGCCACCAGACGAGAACACGAGGAGACUACUGGAGUGGCUGCACACGUUUGAACCCACCCGUCUAUUCACUCUCGAGGACUUCAUCCGAGCCCUUGUUCGGCACCUCGCUGGCGUCCUGCACAAUGCGGUCACGUCAAAGACUGUGGGAGGUGUUACCGCUAUACGUGGUCUCAAGAAGAACCGCAAGAAGUACGCUGGAGUGCCUCUUUGGCCUAAGGAUUCCAGCGAGCUCAUACCCCAUGGUCUCGAGAGGUCAAUGCAGGGCUACGCGGCGACAUUUCGCUUGUGCGGCGAACCCCGAAUCGAAGAAACCCUCCUGUUGAUCAACAAUCUCCUUGCCAUCCGUGGUCGCUCCAUAAUCCCGUAUCUUCUCCAGUUGGACCCCGAAUGGCCAAUGAAGAUCAGCCACCUCGCUAUGGGUCUCUUGGUGGAGCGGCGCCGGACACUCGGAAGGCCUGUCGAUAUUGGCACGCAACUGAGCUGGAUGGAAACCCUCAUACUUCUCAUGGAGUGUUGCGGCCGUCUUGCGGAUGGUGGUAUUGUUAAUGCUACGGAUAUCGCCAUGUUCGUCCGCGUGGUCUGGCCCCGAGGUCCGGAGGGAGGAUGCCAAUGCUGCGGCAUUCUUUUUGUUUGCGAUGCGCUCAUCAAAGAGUUACCUCUCUUCCUCGACGGCACCAGCCUGAGUAUCUUCACCGCGGAGGAUAUCACCAGAUUCAUCCAGCUCUUCGCCUGCUACGGUGCGACUUUCUAUGCGCACAAACCGUCCACGGACACCACAGACUACUGCAGGGAAAUCGUCGACACGUACAACUUGAUGCAAGCUGCCUCGAGGUUCGCGGACCCCUUCGUCGCCGCAUUCAACGGUCUCAUCUGGGCUAUCACAAUGCGGCGGUGUGCCGCGCCAGAAUGCCGCGAGACAUUCGCGACCGCAGGGCGGUCGUUCGCCCGGUGCGCGGGCUGCGGUGUUAUGCGCUACUGCUCGCGUGAGUGCCAGACACGAGCCUGGAAGCACGCAACGUUCUCCCACAAGGCUGUUUGUGCGAAGAUGCGCGUGCUUUCAGAUAGGACACGCCUCCCGAGCGUCAGCGCCGUUGCCGCUGACCGAGGUCGCCAGUCAUUCAUCGAUGCAUGCAGAGCGGACGAGGAUCUUGGCGCGUUGGCGCGAGAUUGCGCCUGCCAUACGCAGGACUUGAUGGCUGCGCGAAACGACCACAGCGAAGCUACCAUGACGGAGGCGUUUCGGGAGUUGCACGGGAGCUCGCCGCCGCUCGGUGACCGAGCAGUGUGA